AUUGGAACUGCGAAGGGACAAUUUAUGUUACGUUUUAAAGAAAUAUAAAUUAAUCUGUACUUAUAAUUAUUACUUUUAUUUUAAGGUUUAGUAUGCUUUUUUGAAGCGGAACACAUAACUAUCGAUGUCCUGAAAAUAAUGAGAAAUGAUGACAUAGAUGAAGUUACAAAAAAAAUUAAAAUUGGGGACCGACUUAUAUUCAAGUAUCAAUUUGAAAAUUGGAAGGAUGAAAAUUGCACUCCGUCAUUAGCUCGAAGAUAUAUGAAACAAAGUUCUGAUAAUACCUCAUCUUCAUCCUUUUUAUCUUCGCAAUCAUCAGAUGAAAUGGACUCUACACCAGCAGUAAUAGAUAUUUUAAAACAACAUAAAGUUGGCUGUAAUAUUGUUGAACAAUACGAAAAAUUACAAUUAUUAACUGAACAUCAGCGUAUUAUUAUUAUGAAUAUUAUAGUUGAAUAUUUCUAUUCAAGAAAUAUUACAAUGACUUUACAAAUCAGCUAUCGUUUGGAAAAAGAAAUAUUAAAAAUAUUUCCAAGAGAAAAAUUGGAAUUUUAUCGCACAGAGAGGCGUGGACGAAUUUAUAUAAAAUACCACAACAACAAAAACAAAUUAAAAAUGUAUGAAAAUGAAGCUAAAUCCUCAACUGCAGUUCUUGAAGCGAAGGAUAAAUUUGUACCUGAAGACAACGCUCAAAUAUGUAUGCAGAGUUUAAAAUAUGAUAAUCUUACAGCAGAAGACUUUAAAGCAACCUGGUCAGCAUGUGCAAAAUUUCGUUUGAGCCAAAUUCACGUUGAAGCGAAAAAUAUUAAUGAGGCACUAGUGAAUUGGCCACAAUACCGAGGCCCUAUUGGAUCACAACUGAUGGAUUUAGAUUUUAAGGUUCUCCAGGAAAAAUAUUCAACAAUUGCUGAAAGUGACGAAAAAUUGAAAAAAAUAUUCAACUACUUGAAAAGUCAUGAAACUAUUUAUAAUAAUGAAAUUAAAAAUGUUGUCAACAGUUUGCAGUGGGAUGAUAUAGAAAAAGAUAAAAAUGGAUUUCUCCUGAAAAUAUUAUGGUGUGUUCACUACUUUUUACCCCCAACAAAGAAAUUUCUUAAAAAAGACGUCAAUGGAAAAAAGGAUUUUGGAAAAUUUUCCUUAAAAAACUCCCAAGAAUCGUUUAUAUACAUAAAUGAGACAAUGCAAUCACUAGAGGAUCACACCGAUUUCUUAAUAGCCAAAGGAAUUCAUGCCUCAAACGAAGGUUUUUCUCUUAGUGCAGGAGAUUUAUUAUUGGAAAUGUUUAGUACAAUACCAAUGGAUUUAGAUUUUAAGGUUCUCCAGGAAAAAUAUUCAACAAUUGCUGAAAGUGACGAAAAAUUGAAAAAAAUAUUCAACUACUUGAAAAGUCAUGAAACUAUUUAUAAUAAUGAAAUUAAAAAUGUUGUCAACAGUUUGCAGUGGGAUGAUAUAGAAAAAGAUAAAAAUGGAUUUCUCCUGAAAAUAUUAUGGUGUGUUCACUACUUUUUACCCCCAACAAAGAAAUUUCUUAAAAAAGACGUCAAUGGAAAAAAGGAUUUUGGAAAAUUUUCCUUAAAAAACUCCCAAGAAUCGUUUAUAUACAUAAAUGAGACAAUGCAAUCACUAGAGGAUCACACCGAUUUCUUAAUAGCCAAAGUUUGA